AUGCUGCGGACUUGCAUUGCCAUUGCAACCAUCUGUGAAGCUCUCACAACUCCUGCAAGACAUGUGGUGCCUUUACAUAGGCAGAGGGUGCCUGUGCAAGGAGAGGAUGACCGAAUUUCGUACAAGAGCGUCUACUUUGGCUCCGUAACCGUGGGCUCGCCUGAGCAGAAGUUCGCGGUCGUUUUCGACACCGGCUCGGGUCACGUGAUCAUUCCUUCGAGUGAGUGCCACAGCGAGACCUGCCGGAUCCACAACCGGUACAACAGAGAGGCUUCACCUGCCGCAGUUGACGUCGACUACGACGGAUCUCCGGUGCAAGCAGGGUCCCCACGGGACCAGAUUACCGUGGCCUUCGGGACCGGGGAGGUGACGGGGCAGUUCGUGCAAGACAGGCUUUGCCUUGGAUCGCAUGGAGCUGCCCCUGCUGCCCCGGCAAUCGCAGUGCCCUCGUACACAGAGCCGUUGCUACUGGUUCAGUCUGGAGAAGCCGAGCUGGGCAGAACUCCGAGCGCGCAAAAAGGUCACACCAAGGCCCUUGGCAACGCAUCCAACGCGAUGCUUCUCAGCCAAGCCUUGAACUGCGUGGACCUCCGAGUAGUCAUGGCCACGGAGAUGACGGAAGAGCCAUUCCACGCGUUUUCCUUCGAUGGUGUGUUGGGCCUGGGGCUGCGACCUUGGGAAGCUGGUGCAAGCUGCAGGGCCGCAAGAUGA